AUGGGAGUCCAGUAUGCCUAUCAUAAAGCUGUUGCCUCAUUUCUUCGCGCCCUUGUUCGACCCAGACUUCACAUUGACCCCAAACCAGACGAGACAGUGUUUGUCCCAUCUCGUGACGAAGGCCGAACUAUCAAAACCAACGUCUACGGAACUACGGACGGCAAACCAACUCCAGUCCUCAUAAACUUCUGUGGCAGUGGAUUUGUUCUUCGUACCUUCGGAAAUGAUGACGAAUACUGCCGUUUCGUCGCAGAUAAGACCGACUACACUGUAAUUGACGUGCAGUACCGACUUGCACCUGAGAACACAUUUCCAGCCGCCUUCAACGACGCCGAGGACGUCGUGAGUUGGGUACGAUCGCAACCCGAUCGCUUCGAUGCUUCUUGCAUUUCACUUUCAGGGUUCAGUGCAGGAGCCAACAUCGCACUUGCAGUGGCAUCAUCGUCCAAGUUGUUCGGUGGCGAAGAACAGAAGAGCAUAUUCAACACCGUUGUUUGCAUUUACGGACCGACUGACAUGGUUCUGCCAACCCCGGAAAAGCCAUUCGUCGACGACUCUAAUUGGAUUAUGAGGACGAUUUUCCCAAAAUUCUCUCACACUUGUCACAAAUUGCUAAAUCCAGGCAACGUUGAUCCGUAUGAUCCCCGUAUAUCUCCUGGGUUUGCCGAUCCGCACAAUUUCCCCAACAAUGUGUUGUUUAUCACCGCCGCUCAAUGUCCAUUUGCUAUCGAGGCGGAGAAAUUGUCGGAGAAGAUUGGCGGAAUAGAUGGAAAGGUCUCUUUGAGUCGCCGAAUGGAGGGGUGCGCCCAUGGUUGGGAUAAGGAGGCCAUCCGUGGCACAUCCCAGUGCAAAGCGAAGGAUGAGGCAUAUGCGUUGGCGGUUGCGACCUUACAGAGAGGCGAAACAGAGGUCGCCAAAGCCAGAGAAGCAGAGGCUUGA